CUUUUUCCGUAACAAAAUAGCAAAGCUCCGGACGAUCAGCUGCCCCGGCAGCUCACAGGUGGAGGGGCCCAGGGCCUAGGACGCUGCCCCGGAGGGGAAAGCGCCAGCGGGCCGUGGAGAGGCCGGGUCGAGAGCCGCGAGGCGCGCGGGGGUGGGCGCUGCAGCCGCGGGUUGUUUAUCUGGAGUACGGAGGGGAGGGGGGAGCCUGGAAACCGCCCCGUGUCCCAUUUCCUCCUCUUGUUUUCGCUCCGGAUUCUCCAUGUUGGACCCAAACUGAGGAGCCCGGAGCUGCUGCCGGGGGAUCGGGGCCGGGGGCACCCGGGGGAGCCGCUGCCCGGGCCGCCCGCCCUCGGUACAGGCCGCCUCCCUUCCCGGCCCGGGGAGGAAACAAGAGGGGGGAUGUGAACAGCUGUGGGAGUCGGAGUCUCGGGAGCCGGAGCCGGAGCGGGCCCCCGCCCAGGCCCCCCAGCCCAGCCUAGCCUGCGCGCCCGCCCGUCCUCCCGCCCAGCCAGCCCGGGCCCGCGGGAUUGUUAGAUGGAACACGGCUCCAUCAUCACCCAGGCGCGGAGGGAAGACGCCCUGGUGCUCACCAAGCAAGGCCUGGUCUCCAAGUCCUCUCCUAAGAAGCCACGUGGACGUAACAUCUUCAAGGCUCUUUUCUGCUGUUUUCGCGCCCAGCAUGUUGGCCAGUCAAGCUCCUCCACUGAGCUCGCUGCGUAUAAGGAGGAAGCCAACACCAUUGCUAAGUCGGAUCUGCUCCAUUGUCUCCAGUACCAGUUUUAUCAGAUCCCAGGGACCUGCCUGCUCCCAGAGGUGACAGAGGAAGAUCAAGGAAGGAUCUGUGUGGUCAUUGACCUGGAUGAAACCCUUGUGCAUAGCUCCUUUAAGCCAAUCAACAAUGCUGACUUCAUAGUGCCUGUCGAGAUUGAGGGGACCACUCACCAGGUGUAUGUGCUCAAGAGGCCUUAUGUGGAUGAGUUCCUGAGACGCAUGGGGGAACUCUUUGAAUGUGUUCUCUUCACUGCCAGCCUGGCCAAGUAUGCUGACCCUGUGACGGAUCUGCUGGAUCGGUGUGGGGUGUUCCGGGCCCGCCUAUUCCGGGAGUCCUGUGUGUUCCACCAGGGCUGCUAUGUCAAGGACCUCAGCCGCCUCGGGAGAGACCUGAGGAAAACCCUCAUCCUGGACAACUCACCUGCUUCCUACAUCUUCCACCCAGAGAAUGCAGUGCCUGUGCAGUCCUGGUUUGAUGACAUGGCGGACACAGAGUUGCUGAACCUGAUCCCAAUCUUUGAGGAGCUGAGCGGAGCAGAAGACGUCUACACCAGCCUUGGGCAGCUGCGGGCCCCUUAGCCUUCCCUGCUUCCAAGCAACGGCCAUCCUAGUAGGGGACUUUGCUAUACUGUGCCUUUAUGAUCAGCCUGACGGAGUGGAAGCUGGAGCACCUCACCAAGUGGGGCCUGGAAAUAGUGAGGAAUGAUUGGAAAGAGCUUUAGGACGGGUUAGAUGCUGAAUGGGCAAAUAUCAGACCAACGAUAACCAGAGCUACCUGCUCCCCGAGUUGGUUGCCAAGCCGUGUGUGUGAGAGAGUGCAUGCGUGUGUGUUGCCGUGAGCUGUGGCCCCAGCAUAUGCAGUGUUUCAGUGGGGGAGAAGCUGAAAGAUCGUGACUCUUCCCAAGUUAGUUCAUCUCCUCUCCUGUCACCCUGAGAGCCACUGAGCUCUAUGGGGAUGAAGACUAUUGAAGGCUCCAUUGCCAAACCAUGGCCUUUCCUCAGUGUUUUAAGGCCUAUGCCAAGGAGAAAGGAAAGGUCAGAGGCCGCCUUUGGAUGCCCCAGGCACACACCUUUCUGAAAUCUUUCUCCCCCCAGCUGCUGCAGACAGCAAGAUGACAUUUCGGGGAAGAUGCGAACUUGUUCCCAGACCAGUGCCCCAGUGGCCAUCAGGUCCCGUGGCCCAAGGGCUGCGCUUGCCUCCAGCCAAGUGCCUGGCCUGGGCCCUUUCUGUGUCUCCCUAAGGCUUGGGCGCAGGGCCUGCCUUCCUCACCACCUAGCCAUAGUCCUGAACCUGUGGGGAAGGAGGUCUUCUCCCUGCCCUGGAAGAGGACAGAUACCUGAUUUCCGUUCUUUUGACUCUGUUUUAAAAUUCUCUUUCUAAAAUGGAGUGUUGGGCCUGUUUUUUUUUUCUGACAAAGCUGCAGUCCUGGGCCCAAGAUGAAUGUGGGAGGCGCUAGGGGUGCAGAGAAGAGAUAUUCCUCAAAGAUGAAUGUGUGUGUCCUCUUGGCUUAUAGAUCAGCUGAGCUUGGGAUUGUUUCUGUAAGUCUCCUUUCAGGGAUUCUCCGCUGGUGCUGGCGCAGGGACUUUUGUUCCAACCGCUGGGGAGAGCUAAGCUGCCCCAGCCCCUCCCGUUUCUUGGGCAGGGCUCUUUCCUGUUGUGUCUUCCCCCAGGGCCUGUCCUGUGCUGAGAGCUCUGUCUAUUCCAGCCUUCAUCUUUCCUGGCUGUCACUUUUCCUUUCCAGGGCCUCAGAACUUCUGCCAUUUCUGGGCUAAGGGGGAACAGGUGUUCUUGUCAUUUAGUUUGCCAACCAAACGUGCAUGCUUCCUGCCUCUGGUAACGGGUGUGAGCGAGCCCCUCACAGACCUGUGCUCUGGGUGUCUCUUGUUUUCAAAGGUUCUUAAUAGUGAAUGCUUUAAAAAAAUCAUCACAGAGUGGAAGUUUCCCCAGGGUGGAAAACAAGAGGGGAAGCACAAGGGGCCCCCAAACAGGGAGCCCUACCUCAGCAUCACUGCCUUAAUCAUGGCCUCCCCCGGGGCUGGGUGGGGUUCUCUCCUCUCUUCCUUCCCUCCUGGGGUGGGAGUCCUAUCCCCAUCUCUGUUUUUCCCUGGAAGCAGGUGUCACAAAGCAUUUGUGAAUUGCACCACCUACUCAGGUUGCAUCCCCAUCGUCCCUUUCAAUUUCUACACACUAGGUCCAGCCUCAGGAACUAACCAGUUUUGGAAAACCAGGUGGUGGAGCAGCAGCUUGGUGUUCUGAGUGAUAGCUGGCCGGCAUCUUUCUCUAGCUUUGUGGUGCCGCUUUUCCUCCUUGUCCCAAGGUUGUAACACCUUGUCUUUCUCUUUGGCAUCACAGAAGUGGAAAAGAGUCCCCAAAGCUCCUGAGGUCAGUGCCCCCAGCGUCUUUCCCUGGUGCCUGCAGGGUCCUGCUGCAGGUGAAGGGAAGAGGACUCUAGGUGCUAGCCAGGAGCACCAUCUCCUGAGGGAAAAUGGGAGCUCAAAGUAAGGCCAGCUGUGGCUUCAGAGCCAGGCCCUGGCAUAGACCAUUCUCCUAACAUUGCAGCAAGAGCCACUCUCCCAAGCCCCACCCUGAGGGUUUAGCCCUUGGCCAAAUCUUUCACUAUCUGAGCCCAGCCAAGCUUUUCUGACUAAAAAGCAAUAAGAGGCUCUAAGCUGAUUGAGUUCCAAGGACUCUUUCUGCCUUCCUUUAGAUCUCCAUGUCUUUCCAGGUGGAAGGAGAGCCUGUGUCACCCCCUUCCUUUCCUAACAGGCUUGUCCAAGUGCUUGGAGUAUGAACUGUGACCAAAGCCUGGGAUGGCUUGGUGGGAGUGUCCCUGCUGCUUCUGCAUGAAGCCCCUGCUUUGUAGGCCUACUGCUGUCAGAACCCUGCCUGGCCACCUGCAGUUCUUCCGCAGAAAUGCCAUUCCCAUCGCCCUCUCCUCCUCCUCCCAAGAAGCAAUUCAGCCAAUUCUAAACAGGGUCCAUCCACAUAGACCAGAGCCAGCCUUGUCAUUAUUUGCUGUCUGGUUUCCAGUUUAAGUGUGUUAGGGGCAAAUGAUGAUUCUAACACUUGCUCCUCAGAGGAAUUAGGCCAGACUCAAUUUUGCAGGAGGGCAAGAUUGAGAGGAAGCCAAGUCAUCCCAGGCUCUGUUCUAGGGCUUCCCAUUGGACACUGGUCUUUGGGAGGCAACAGGCCACCAUGCCUGAUCAGCACCAGUUCAAGCCAUGCCAGGAAUCUGCCUACCUGCCAGGUUCAGUUUUUUAAGGUGCCUCUUCAGGGACACAGUGUGUCUCUCUGAUUGGGCUUCUAAAUCAAAAGCCUGAUGUUCGUGUCCCUCUCAUAGGGGGAGCUUUGGACACAGGACCAGUUUGGAAAAGGGUCAGGUAAGGGUUUCCACUCUGCACAUUGUAGAGGGGGACACUCUGUAGGCCCACGGGUCCCUUACUAGAGAGGUUGAGUGAAUUUGCCUUCAGUUAACCCGGGACCUUCUGUUUAGCUCCCUCCUGCCUCCCAAAGAUUUUAACCAUUUUGUAAAUGUAUAAACUCACCUCUGUUAACAGUGGCCCAGAAGCUUCUUUGUGCUAAAAGCAUGGGAAGUUCAAAGGCAGUCAUUCCCCGGGAAAUGGAUCCCAUCCUAUCUGCUGCCCCUGCCCUGUUCCUGAAGCCUCAUUUAGUAGGGCAGUCCCCUGUAAGGCUGUCCCUACAUCCAGUGUCCUAGCCAGGCCAAGCGUGCGAGAAAGGUAAGUCCAUUUUCCCCCUCAGGUCUUCAGUUGGUUACUUAACCACUGUUGUCCUCAAUCACCUGUUGUGUAAAACAGAGGUCUAGUUUAGUUUUGUUGUCUUCUUUUUUUAAACGCCCAUAAAUACUUGCAUUCAACCAGGGGAAAAGGGGGUCAGAGGUCUGGCCAGCUGCCCCAUUCCUUUAAUGUUCCAGGGCCUGCCCCUGAUGCAGACCCUCUUUGGGCCUCCUGAGCUUCUUUGCUUAUAUUUACCCCAAGUUUGACACAUUCCAUCUUGUGCCGCUUUCCCCCUUCAAGAUGCCAUUUGGAGGGUAGGGGAUCUGCUUCCCACUGUGACUGUGCUACGGGAUUCUGACUACCUUGCUUACAGAUUCAUGGUUUGAUAAAUUUGUUGUAUUCAAAAACUUGAAAUGUAGGACGCCAUUAAGUGUCUGUUUAUAUUUUUGGAAUAUUUGUAUUACUUACAAUUAAUUAAUAAAAGUGGGUUUAAAAAACCUAUCCAGGAAUGA